GCAGACACACGCUUCCACUUGUUCGUCCAGACGGUCCAUCUCUAAUAUUUAUCGCACAAUUCGCAGACAAAGCACUGUUGCUCUGUGACCGGGCACUGUUUCAUGCAUGGGCAAUGCUCCUUCUGUCAUAACCGGACAAGUCGUCGUUAAUUGCGCCUGCCUGUCGAAUCUGUUCCGUGGGUAGUCGCCAUGGCCCUCGAGCUUGCCGAUAACGACAAGUACGAGGUCAAAGAGAUUAUUGGUCGUGGUGCAUUCGGGAUCAUUCGCAAAGUUCGUCGGAAGCAAGAUGGCCAUAUUUUGUGCCGCAAAGAGAUCAACUAUCUCAAGAUGUCUCAAAAGGAACGCGAUCAACUACAUGCGGAAUUUUCCAUCCUGGCCUCCCUCAGUCACCCCAACAUUGUCGGAUACUUCCACCGCGAGCAUCUCAGACAGACCCAAGAGCUAUACCUGUAUAUGGAAUAUUGUGGUGGUGGUGAUCUGGGCUGUGUCAUCAAAGAACUCAGACGUAAGAACGAGUACGCCAAGGAAGAGUUUGUCUGGAGGAUUUUCAGCCAACUGGUCACGGCUCUGUACCGUUGCCAUUAUGGAAUCGACCCGCCCGAGCCUGGAAGUGAUUUCUCUCGACAGAACGACACCCGACCUCUCAACAAAGGCAAAAUGAUUCUGCACCGAGAUCUCAAGCCAGAGAACAUAUUCCUGGGAGACGACCAGUCAGUCAAGCUCGGCGACUUUGGACUGUCGAAGAUCAUGCAGUCGCAUGAUUUUGCCUCGACUUAUGUUGGAACACCCUUUUACAUGUCACCAGAGAUCUGUGCGGCCGAGAAAUACACUCUGUAUUCAGAUAUAUGGUCUCUAGGAUGCAUCAUGUACGAACUCUGCACCAAGGAGCCCCCAUUCAACGCGAACUCCCACCUGCAACUCGUUCAGCGGAUCCGAAAGGGAGACUUCAAACCUAUUCCAUCCGUCUACUCGAAGGACCUCGCAAAUGUCAUCGCGAACUGUCUCAAGACAAAUCCAAUGCACCGGCCGGACACGAGCUCACUGUUGACUGUACCUUACGUGUGGCUCUCGCGGAGACAGCAAGAGAUGGUCACCAUAGGAAAGACAUUGAAGACCAGGGAGGAGAUUGCAGACUACAAGGUCAGACAAGCUGAAGAAAGACUCUCUGCACUCGAAGCAGAUAGAGCUGCGUUGAAGGUAGAGAUUGAUGCCCAGCUCCGUCGCGAGUGGGAGGUCAAGGCUCGACUUGAAAUUGACCGACAAGUUCAAUUAGAGCUAGAGAGACUCCGAAAGAAGUUCGACAGGGAGGUCGACGAGCGUGUGGCACAUGUCUUGGUUAAGCAGAAAUACUCAACAGAAGCUCGAGCACUGAGGGAAAUCCAAAACCCCCCCGGGAGAGCCUUCGACAAAGAGAACCUGAAUCCUUCCUCGUCAGUCAACACUGCGGGGGAGGAAGAUUUCCCGUCAACCACAGAUAUAACCGACCUGUCGGAUCUUUCAAUCAACUCACCAACUACGUCGAAUACUAAACCAAUGCCAAAGAAGGCGAAAACACCUUUUGCUCGGUCCAAGACCACGUUCGACUCUCCUGUCGACAUUCAGAUGUCAGAACCAUCACCGAUGUCCAUCUCUUCUUUGGCACUCUCUCCGCGUCGAAAUGCUGCAGCGCAGGCAACCGCUAACCCGACGGUCACUGCCGUAGGUGCGAAAAACCUCUUUGCCGAAGCGGCACGCCAAAAGGCUCGUUGGGAGCCACAACUAGCUUAUUCGUCCGACGAAGAGAACAUUGAACCCCCAGAAGACUCGGACGAUGAUGGGUUCCCCGAAUUGGCGAGUCCCACGAGACUGAAAGGAAACAUUGCCAACACUGACCCGUUCAAGAACCCUGCACCACUGCCACUGAAGAACAGACCGGCGAUGUUGAGACAGAACACGACAGCCACUAUGCAGAAAUUGAUCGCGAAGCCGACUUUGUUCCCGUCCAGCAACACAGGAGCACAAGUCAGAGCUGGGAUCGCUUCGGCAAACAUCGCCAAUGCCAUUAAAGGUAUCCCACGGAAUACCACAGACGGCGAUUUGAGAUCCGCGGCAGUGAAGGCCACGAGCCCUAAUCGCCGUCUCAGCAAGAUCCCAAGCCGAAACGACCUCAGGGAGCAUGCCAUCGCUGAGGAAGGAAGCACUAGUCCACUCAGACGAGCAGCAACUACCGCUGGUCGGCUCCCUAGUAAGCUCGGAGGCGGCCGAGACGCUGUCACUGGCACUGGUAUUGGAGGCCGGACGCUCGUGGAGCUUGCUCAGGCUCGGGCUGGAGGCCACCUGAAUACAAAAGCGAAGACUAUGCCGGAACAGAGAAGUGAAAAAGAGCUACCUCCUGUUCCAGUUUGGGACCCAGAAAUCUUUGGGGAUGAGAUGCCGAGUCCUUUCCUGAAGAAAGAUGUCAAAUCCGUGCGGGUUAUGCGGUGAUUCUCCAAACCCUUGUGUCGAUUUUAUGCGCGGAGGAUGGAAUAACGACGAUCAUGCGACAACGUAAAGAGUCGAUCUGACAGGAUAUGAUCGGCCAUGGAUGCCAUUUGGAAAAUCAUUGUCUGGGGGUUUAGCUCUUCCGGUGUCUCCAGAGUCUCUGACCCGAAGACAAAAGGACAGCCCUACCCCCAAUUGUUGCUUCGAGGCGAUCGUUAGCAGGCCGUUGCUACUCGAGAUGGAGUGACGGGCACUAUGUACAGAUUUUGAGCUCUGUUUCUUUUGUUUACAACCGUUGAUGAGGAUCCAAUGAUGGUGUUGGAAAAGCGUGCGCAUGACUAUCACUCUGGAGACCACGAUGGCGCUUUGGCGUUUGAGGGAUCCUUAAACGGACGCCGCCAAGGGAUUGAUUUUUUGUGAUUGACGGGGGAGUUGGAUUGAUCAGAUGAAAGAAGCACGCUCUAGUUGUUCGUCUGCUUUGCACGACACUCGGAGUCUUGAUGAUUCAUCAGGGCAUUACUUGGACUAGAACAUGGCCUUGUAUGUAUGUAUGCGACCUUUCUAGAGUCCAAAGCAAUCUCUCUACAGUUGGACGCCCGUAUGAGAAUUAGAACCAGGCUCGUUUUGUAUAC